AUGACAGCCGUGGAGACCUUUACCCUCAACACCGGCGCGAAGAUUCCUGCAGUUGGAUUCGGAACAUGGAAAUCACCACCAGGAGAAGUUGCAAAGGCUGUUGAAGCUGCUUUUGAGGCAGGUUACAGACACUUUGAUUGUGCGCCGCUGUACUUCAAUGAGGCUGAAAUAGGCGAAGUCUUCAAAAAGACCAAAGUCCCUCGAUCAGAAUAUUUCGUAACUACCAAACUAUGGUCCUCUGAUCACCGCCGCGUAAAGGAAGCCCUCAACAAAUCCCUCUCAGACCUCUGUCUCGAUUACGUCGACCUCUACCUCAUGCACUGGCCCGUAAGCCUCGACCCCUCUACCUCCACCGAAGACUACGGCAAAGAAAACCGCAAAGUGCACGCUACAGGCUGGGAUUUCAGAGACACAUGGCGCGAAAUGGAAGCCCUACUCUCAACCGGCAAAGUCAAAGCAAUCGGAGUCGCAAACUUCUCAACCAUCAAUCUUGAGAAAUUACUACAAACAGCCAAGAUUAUGCCGGCGGUGAACCAAACGGAGAUUCAGCCGUUGCUUCCGCAGAAUAAGUUGCAUGCUUAUUGUAAGAGUAAGGGGAUCCAUCAGACUGCCUUUGGACCGUUGGGUGGGGCGGUUAGCGAGCGUAGUUUGCAUCAGAUGGAUGUUAUCAAGGAGAUUGCUGAGAAAAGGAGCACAGGAACAGCUAAUGUCAUGUUGAGUUGGGGGAUUCAGAAGGGAUGGAGUGUUAUCCCGAAAAGUGUCAAUGUGGAGCGGAUUAAGCAGAAUCUGCAUGGUAAUUUUGUCUUGUCUGCGGAAGAGAUGGAGAAGAUUGAUAGCUUGGCUAGGCCAAAGGGAAAGAGAUUUAAUCGACCUGAUUGGGGCACCGUCAUCUUUCACGACGAUGCGGACGUUGACCUAGAAGAUUGA